AUGGCGAAAAAAGUUAAUGAUGGAAAUAACGUGAAGGAAGAGAGGAUUCAAUGGAAUGUCAAGAUGGAUGUGGUUUUCAUUGAAGCUAUGAGGAAGGAACAUGAUGAUGGGAAUAGAAUUGGUGGAACAUUUACUUCUCUUGCGUAUAGUAAUAUGGUGAAUUAUUUAAAAGAACAUCUUCAAAGGGAGUUUACAAAAGAGCAUUUGAUGAACCGAUUGAAAACUCUUAAACUCCAUUUUUCUCAAUGCUAUGAUCUGUUUCGGGGACUUAUGAUGCGUGGCUUCGCAUGGAAUUCUGAGACAAACUUAAUUGAGGCUGAGGAAGAACUAUGGGAAACACUAAUCAAAGAAAAGCCUGAAGCUGCAAAGUGGAAAAACAAACAAAUAUGUCAUUACGAAGAAUUAUUGUAUUUGUUUGCAGAAGAUAGAGCAACAGGUGCAUCUGCUAUAACUACAAAAGAGAGGAAAAAUAUGUUAAACAAUGGUAAAAGAGUGGAAACAAUUGAAGAGAUUGAUCAAUUGUUAGAAUCUGAUGUGAUUGUUUUGGAGACUCCUCCUAAUAUAGAUAAUAUUCAUGCUGCAACAACUACAAAACCUUCUAAAGAGAAUCUUCCGACUAUAAAGGCAAAAAAUAAAAAGAAAAGGAAACCAGAAGAGGAGGAGGAUUUCCAAGGUAAGGUCAUGAGUUCCAUUAAGGAUGUAGCUGAAGCUAUUCGAGAAAAUACAAAGGUAAUGAAGAGCUCACGUCCACAUGUUUACUUUGAGGAGGAGAUCUACAUAGGACUAGAGAGUAUGGAUUUGGCUCCAAAUGAGAUUAGGAAAGUUUAUCUUUAUUUGGUGGAACAUCCGGGAAAAACACGUGCACUGUUUGGAUGCCCUUACAUUAUGCGGAGGGAAAUGCUAGAAGAAAUGAUGACUGCAAGUGACUCAAAUAAUUGUGUUUUGAUUGUUCUAUUAUCAAUGUAA